AUGAUGGUGUAUGCUGUGCUGGUCAGAGCAGGGAGAGUUACAGGACAGCCUACAGCAGUCAGGAGCCAGGUCCGGGACCAGGUCGGGGGUCAUGGCCGGGGCCAAGCCUGGGGCCAGGUCGGGGGUCAGUGGCUGCUGUUCCUCUACCUCCUGUCUGGUUCUGCUACGGGUGUCUCCACACCCUGCUCUGACUUCCUCUCCGCCGUCCGCUCCUCUCCAGACCUGAGGCUGCUGAGGUUCUCAGCUAGGCGGGACCCCUGUGGAUCUCCAUACGAGGUCCCAGCAGACCUGCCUAGCCUGCCCUGGCACCCAGACAGCCCCACGGUGGUAGUGGUGCCUGGCAGGAGGCCUCCGGGUGUACAGCCCAGCUGGGUGAGGACCAUGGCAGGGGAGCUGCUGGCGACAGGGCUGAGCAACGUGCUGGCCGCAGACUGGCUGGCUGCUCCGGAGCAGGAGAUAACAGAGGGUGCUCGUCAGGUCGGGGAGAGACUGGCACAGGUCAUCCGGGCAUUGCUGGAUCAGGGGUCUUCUCCUGGGCGGUUUCAUUUGAUUGGCUUUGGUGUUGGAGCCCAUGUGGCUGGUAUGGCUGGGAAAUGUCUUCACGGAGCCAUAGGAAGAAUCACUGGUCUGGAUCCUUUUGCGCCAGUGUUUUCCGAGGCAAACAUAAGUUUCUCUUUGAGUUACACGGAUGCACAAUAUGUGGAUGUGAUUCACACCAACUUCAAUCCUAACGAGCCUGUAGCUGCCCUAGGGGGUUCCAGACCAGUGGGCCAUGUAGAUUUCUACAUCAGCCGAGGACAUCAGCUUCCUGGAUGCCCUCCAGGUCUACUGAAAAGGGAGGAAUACCUGCUUUGCAGCCAUCAGUGGGCCUACAAGAUCUUCACCAGCUCCAUCCAUGCUUCCUGCCUUUUCAAGGCGAUACCUUGCCGUGGAGUUGAAGACUUCUACAAUGCUGCCUGUACUGACUGCCACCCCCCUGACCUCGGUGUAUGUCCACAGCUGGGGUAUGACAUCAGCUGGUUGCCCGUCGAGCGUCCGAUCCCGUUCCGACCCUUGACUGCUUUCCUGAGCAUCACAGCAAAGGCACCAUUCUGUGUUAGUCCAUUUCUGUUAGAGCUUCAUAUAGGAGGAAACAGCUCAUUGACUGCACAGUUAUACAUUCAGUUGAAGGGUGACAAGACCCAAACAACUAGCAUGCUGGUGUCUGGUUCCGGGGUUCUGGACUUUCACCCACAACAGGUGUACCAGUUCAUGGUUUCAGUGGAGCAUGCAGACAACUUCAAAACAACGUCUCUGAAGUUCUCUUCUCAACGUCUUCUUUACUUCCAAUGGAGGAAAAAGAACAUUUUCAUUGGUCAACUGUUGUUCAUUCAACUUCCUAGAUUCAAGGGGAGUAUUUACAGGGCUGAGAAUAUUUUGGCAGUUGAAAACCAGAGCGUUGAAGUUCAUCUAAAAUUGUGAACUGUCAAGCACAAAUUAUUAUGGCAGAUGAGGAUCAAGAUGCGUCUGUAAAGUUUGUAAUAGUGUUUAUAGAUAAUUUAUGAAUACACUUGUGGUAU